CCUUUCAUCUAAUUAAGCUUUGGUCUUCAGUAAUCAUCUUCCUCUUGAAAAUAUAGACAGACACAGACAGGUGUGAGAGAGGGGGAGAAUGGCCGAUCUGUUUAAACCUCUCCAGACGGCCAGCUUCAAUCUAUCCCCCAGUGCUAGCUCCAAUGACAAGGUGGUCUACUAUGGCCAACGCGCUACACAAGGUGGUCUCCUCAUCGCUGAUGCCACCGCAAUCUCUGAGACAGCAUCCGGAAGCAUGGAAAGAUGUAGUGGAUGGAGUUCAUGCCAAAGGAGGCAUCAUCUUCAGUCAAUUGUGGCAUGCUGGCCAAGCAUCGCAUCGAGGCAGCCCCAAGCUCUAGAGACAUCAAGAUAUCGCAGGUUGUGGAGGAUUUUCGUCAGGCUGCAGUGAACGCGAUCCAGGCAGGUUUCGAUGGGAUUGAGAUACAUGGGGCACAUGGUUACCUGAUUGAUCAGUUCCUGAAGGAUAUGGUAAAUGAUAGGGAGGAUGAAUACGGUGGACCAAUUGAAAAUAGAUGCAGGUUUCUAACGGAAGUCGUUCAAGCAGUUGCCGAAGCCAUUGGUAUCGAUCGUGUUGCCAUCAGGAUUUCACCUGUUUUCGAUUAUAUUGACGGGGUCGAUUCUGAUCCUCAUAAGCUUGGGCUGGAAGUCGUCAAGAGGCUAACUAAGCUUCAGGAAGACCUUGGACCAAAGCUUGCUUAUCUCCAUGUCACGCAGCCUCGUUUCAUGGCAUCCGAAAAUAGUAAGAGGACCACAGUGGAGGAGGCUCAACUAAUUAGUCUUCUGAGGAAUGCCUAUGAAGGUACAUACGUAUGUAGCGGUGGGUUUACUCGAGAGUCGGGAAUGGAAGCUCUUGAGAAUGGCGUUGCUGAUCUAAUUGGAUAUGGUCGCCUGUUCAUUUCCAAUCCUGACGUGCUCUACCGGUUCAAGAUCAAUGCGCCAUUGAACCCAUACAACAGAGAUACUUUCUAUACUAAUGACCCAGUCAUUGGCUACACCGACUAUCCUUUUCUCGAUAAGAAAACACCUACUUCUUUGAAACUCUUUCAGCAUGACCAGAUUUAUUCCAAUCCCUCCGCUCAGAAGCUCUGUGUAAUGGAUUUAUCAUCUGUGCAUGGGACAUGGGUGUCGGAUAAGAAGAUCGAACCAGGGGAGAGGGUGGAGCUGAUUGAGGGGGAUUUCCUAAGAGUUGGUGGUUCAACCAGAGUCUACAGGCUGCAUUGGGUACCCGUGAGCCAGGCAUAUGAUCUGGAACAAUCAUCUGUGUUGGCAUCAGCCUCGGUUGAAGAAAGGCAGGAGGAAAGUACUGCAGCUGGGGAAGAGAAAGCGGUGGAAACAUAUGAGGAUAAUGAUACUCUGGAUGUUGAAUUUGAAGAGCUCGGGAAGUUCAAUGAUCCAUCUCACAAGAGAGAGGAGGAGCACUCACCAUCUGGUGAAGGAGAUGUGGUGGAAGCAGCUGAGGACGGUGGUCUACCGAGGAUUAUUGAGUUUGAAGAAGUUGAGGAGUUGAUAGAUCCACUUACCGAGAUAGAGAAGGAGAAUAUCACGAAUGCCAAGGGAAUAGUAGUAGAAUUUCAGGAUGAAGGGUUACUUAAUACUGAUAGUGAGAAUUUUGGGAAGUUUGAAGAUCCGUCUUCAUGGGAAGAGAGUAUGGAAAUUUACCAGGACAUGUUGACUGAGGACCAGGAAAGUCACUCACUUGAUCUGAUUUUAGGAGAGAUGGGUUCUCUAGCGUUCACUGAGAGUUCUGGAUUGCCUGCAAACUAUGAGACCGCCACAGGACUGGCUAUGUUUGAGAACAGGGGCUCUUCAAUGAUUGAAGAACAUGAAACAUCAUUAAGUCCAUCAGAAAUUCAUCCAAAUCAGAUACACAGCAGCAAUACAUGUCAACUUCGUGGCUCCAACUCCAUUAGGUUAUCAUUGCCCAUGCAAGAUGAAACCAAGGAUGAAGAAACUGGCAGACAAAGAUCAGAAAAGGCAGUUUUGGAAAGCUCCGUGGUUACUGAAACUCUCGAAAUAGUUCAAAGCAGGUGCUCGUCUGGGAAGGAAAAUGCAGAAAUCAUUUUCGACAUGCCCCUUGGAGUGUCAAGCCAAGUACCUAGCUUUCUUAGGCCGACUAUUUGACCUUCACAUUGAACGAUAAUUAUGACGAAAUUUUUACCUGAUUUUGUGAUCUUCUGUAAUCAUAUUCAGGAAAGAUUAAUAGUUCUCGAUUCAUUGUCCUCAAGGCACGUGGCACAGAGGAACAAGAAACCUUGUCCAAGUUCUGAUAAAAUAUGUUGAUUUCGA